AUAUAUAUAGCUGUUACAAAUCAAGCGACACCAUGCUACAGUUCCAAAGGUAACUGAAUACCUCUGAUAGUUUCAUACUAUCUGACAAAUAAUGGACACGAAGAAUUACAAAGAGGAGCAUCAACUUGAGGAGGUGUGCACUGCCAAUGGGUUGUCAUAUGCAAAUGUCAGGGAAGAAGGAAAAUACGUACAUGAGCUGGAGAUGUUUUUCUCGGGUUUGACAAACAUUCAAGGAUUUCACCAUUUCCCGAACCUUCAACGACUGGUCAUCAUACAGCAAUGCAUUGAUUGCACACAUGGACUACGUCAACUGCCCAACCUGCAAGAGCUUUGGAUGUGUCAGUGUGGAUUAAAAAAAAUCUCCAACCUAGAUAAAUGCCCCUUAUUGACGAAGCUCUACUUGUACAACAACCAGAUAAAAAAGAUUGAACAUUUGGAGAAGUUGAAGAAACUUCAAGUCCUUUGGCUUAACAGUAACAGCAUCAGUGUUAUCGAAAACUUGAUUUCCUUAAAGUAUUUGAAAGACCUGAACCUUGCUGACAACAAGAUUAUAAAAAUCGGUAAAGGUCUUCAACAAAAUAUUAAUCUAGAAAAUUUGAAUUUAUCUGCAAAUAAAAUCACUUUCCUAAAGGACCUGUCACCCUUAUGUCAGCUACCACAGUUAGAAAAUUUAUCUCUGAAAGAUCCCAAUUACUCGCCAAGCCCUGUGUCAUUGUUGUGGAAUUAUUCAAUCUUUGUCAUAUAUCGAAUCGCACACCUUCAAACUCUUGACACUUACAAUGUGGCGGCACCAGAUAUUGUGCAGGCUGUAGAGGCUACCAUUGAGAAGAAGGUCAUAUUUUAUGAUUCUAAGAAGAAACAAUUGGAAUAUAAGAAGAAUUGCUGGUUAGAUGCUGCUUUGAAUUUAAGGACAAGACUCCUAACGGGUUACUAUAUGUAUGUGGAACAGCUUGCCAGACUUCUUCAAAUGAUAGAGAACAUCCCUCUGCCAGAAACAGAGAAACAUACCAGGCAGAAAACCAUUCACGUAACGCUGGAGAAAUGCGAAGCAAAAUACCAGAGGGUAAUACUCAAAUUCAAAGAAGCAUUGUUUUUUAUGGAGAAAUCAUACAAUUUUGGUCUGUACAUGGUUGAUACCGAACUGAUCACAUGUGGUAAUGUGAAAUUUGAAGAACCUUCAUUAAUUGAUUCUUGGUAUGACUGCUGUUGUGAUAUGAUCCUGGAUAACUUCUGUAAAUGGGAUUUCCAACAACUUGAUAUCAGUGGGAUAGAUGUACUCAGUGUGUUUAAAGUGAUCAACCGAGCUGUCAGUUUACGAUUCGAUAACUACCUCAUGUCUUUGAUAUCUCUACCUGAUGAAGGAUAUAACUUGACUGAUCAACUACAUGAGUUUAGAAAGAAGCAAGAUUACCUGUUUUGGAUGCCAAGUGAAAAUUCCGAUAGUUAUUUAUUGGAGAAAAUACUGCAGGAUGGCUUUUCAUUUUCCAGAUAUGCUCAGGCACAAAAUGAAGACAAUGCUAUUAAACUGUACAACUGCCUUUAUUUUGCUGAUCUCCAAAGACUAAAAAAUCUGGGUAUGCGAAACCAUACUGAAUCUGAAGAUUCUUUCCAAAUCAAAUAUGGGAGGUUGCUUAUUUGUCGUGUGUUUACAGGAAAUCCAGUCAUGAUUGAGGAUGAUAAAAAAUUCAACCCAGCUAACUACCCACAAUUCACUUCCUUUUAUAAAACUAAGAAAAUGUUGUUAAAGCAGUCAGGUUUUUUAUACUCUGUCAAUGACCAUCCUGCCUGUAGAUGUCUUCAGAAUCAGAGAGAGUGGCACAUUUACAAUCCUGGUCUCAUUGUACCUGAAUAUAUUGUAAAAUUCAAAUACAACUUCACUGAUGAAAUUAUGAACCCAUUUUUACAACUGAAGGAACCAUAUCAGGAUGUUAGUGAGGAGGUGGAGAAGAAAUUCUUGUCACAGUGGAUAUCUUUAAAUGAGAAUACUUAUAUCCAAGAUAUGAUAAAGAAUCUCACAGAAGAAGUCUAUGAAACAUACAAUAAAAGCUACACUGAUGGCAACAUUGAACCCAGCUUGCUAUCUGAGCAAAAUGUACCUUCCACAAUUACUCACCUCAACCUGAGUCGCCAGAACCUCAAUAAACUUAAUAUUGCAAAGUUUCUUCCUUCAUUGGUUAAACUUGAAGCCAGUUUUAACAACUUCACCAGCCUUGAUUUGUUUUAUCCAUCUUUGGAAUAUGUAGAUGUCAGUUUCAAUAAGAUCUCAACUCUGGAAGGACUGAAGGAUCUAUCAAAUUUGAAAUAUUUUGAUUUAAGCUGGAAUUGCCUGACAGAUUUCACUUAUUCUCUCAAUGUUCUGAAGCAGAGUGCCCUUAAUCUCGACAAACUGAAUGUCGCUUACAACCAUUGGCAUGAGCCCCAUGAUUUACGGAUUCAGCUACUUUUCUACCUGAAAAAUCUCGAAGCUAUCAACGGCAUAGAAGUAAGCAAUGACGAGAGACAGCGUGUGGUGGCUCUUACCAAACGCUACCAAACGCGAAUGGCUCUGCUGAAGCGCCGGUGUCGCCUGGAUAUCAGGACUCCAAGAAUACUGAGCCUGCACAAUAAAGCUCAAGUCUUAGUGGAGUCCAGCAAAUGUGUGUUCCAGACCAUCGAUAUCGCUGAGGAUCAAAUGUUUUUAAAGAUCACCUCCCUGUGCCUUGAUCACUGUUACCUGCAGGACUUAACUAUUGUUGGCAAACUACUCUUACUGAGGUGGCUGUCUUUGGAUGGAAAUCAACUAACCACUUUACAUUGUCUGAAACAGUGCCUUUGUCUUGAAGAAAUCUCAGCUGCCAACAACUGCAUCAAUCAGCUCGGAGAUAUUUCACAGUUGGUAAAAUUGCAGAAGCUGCAUCUAUCACACAACUAUUUAGAAAAACUAAAUGCAAGUUGCCUGACAAAUUUGGUCAAACUGUCCUAUCUAUCAUUAGAAAAUAACCUGUUUACUAGUCUGGAAAAUUUCAACAAACUUACAAAUCUUCAACAACUAUAUUUGACCAACAACAAAAUAACUAAUCCCAGAGAAAUUAUCAGUGUUAAGAACUUGAAGAACUUAACUAUUGCUCAUUUCUCUGGAAAUCCAAUGAUUGAGGAACAUGAGGAUUACCGUUCCUAUGUUAUUUUCCAUUUACGAGGAUUGCAUCUCUUAGAUGGCAUCCCUGUGGAAUCAUCACAGGUGUCUGCUGCAAAGGACCUUUUUGGAGGAUGUCUCACUCUGGAUUUGAUCACUGAACGUUUUGGUUCAGUAAACAACGAAUUACAGGAACUGAAUUUACCCAAUUCUAAUAUACGUACAGUAGUGCUUGGCUUUGCUGAUACCCUAUAUAACCUGACCAGUAUCAACCUUGAAAACAACUGCUUGACUUCUUUCUGCGGUCUAAUAUAUUUAGAUAACCUGAAGGUAUUGUGUUUGAACAACAACAGGGUGGAGUGUAUUCUAUCUCCUUCACCCAAAUUCAAUCCAAAUAAAAAUAAACAAAAGACUGACUAUACUGAAGAUACAUAUGGAAACCUCUCAUGUAGUUCUGAAGAAGAAUGUACGUUUCUGAAGAAAUUAGAAAUUUUACAUCUUGGGUACAAUGAGAUAAAAAGUUUAACCCAGCUGCAGCUGUUCCGUCUACCAUCUCUCCGAGCACUUUUCUUACAAGGUAACGAGAUUACAAAAGUUGAUGGCAUUGAACAGUUAACAAACCUCUCUGAGUUAAUUCUGGAUGCUAACAAAAUUCGGACAUUGAGUCCACAGUCCUUCUCUGGUCAACUGAAUCUUCUGGAGCUGCACUUGGAAGAAAAUCGCCUGAUCAGUUUGGCUGCAUUGGGCCAACUGACCAAGUUGCAACGUCUCUAUGUCGGCAGUAAUAAGAUACAGGAAGUUCAAGAAUUGGAACAUCUGAAAUCCUUAGAAUCAUUAACAGAAAUCUCACUUGCUAAUAACUCAAUCUCUAAGAAGCCACAAAUGCGACAUAUUUUGAUUAACCAAUCCCCAAUGCUGACUGCCAUCAACGGAAACGUCAUUACCGAAGAAGAUCGCAUCAAAGCUGAUGCAUAUUUCAUGGAACGAAUUGGGCAGUGCAAUUCCAUAAUUUCAAGUCAGACCAGUGUGUCAGAGAAUAUUUUACCAAUGAUAACACCCAGCACCAUACAACUCAACUGUGGUAGCAGUAAGCAAUCAAUCUCGCACAUCAUUAUGUCAAUGGGGACCAAUUUCAAUGAUGUAACACAGACAGAGAAUCAAGAAAAACACUAAACUGGACUCACUGUUGUUAGCUUAAAAAACUGAAACUACCAAAGCAAGCUUAAAAUUUAUUACUUUCCUUUGGCCUUUU